UUACUGGAGAAGGCUGAAGCCAGAGAGAGGGAGCGAGAGAAGGAGGAGGCCAGGAAGAUGAAGAGGAAAGAAGCAACCUUCAAAAACAUGCUGAAGCUGGCCACCCCCCCGCUGGAGCCCGAGACCACAUGGGAGGGGGUCCGAGACAGAUUCCUGAAGGAGUCUGCGUUCGAAGACGUGACUCUGGAGUCGGAGAGGAAGAGGAUAUUCAAAGACUUCAUGCAUGUCUUAGAGCAUGAAUGCCAACACCACCACUCCAAGACAAAGAAGCACUCCAAGAAGUCCAAGAAGCACCACAGGAAGCGCUCCCGCUCUCGAUCGGGCGGCUCAGAGUCUGAGGACGAUGAAUACCACAAGAAGAAAAAGAGGUCACAGUCCAAGUCUCCUUCUGAGCGCUCAUCUUCUGGAGAAUCUGAGAGAAGCUACAAGAAAUCCAAGAAGCACAAGAAGAAGGGAAAGAAGAGACGCCACAAGUCUGGAUCACCAGACACUGACACUGAGAAGAAAGGGAGAGAGCGCGACGGGAAGCGGGAGAAGGACUUGGAGAAAGAUAAAGAGAACGACAAGUCCCGAGGGAAACCUCGCUCGGACUCUAAACAGAAGUCCCCUAAAAGAAAACCAGUUAAGGAGGAGGGCGGCUGGGAUACGUCAGGCAGCGAGCUGAGUGAAGGAGAGCUGGAGAAGAGGAGGAGAACUUUACUGGAGCAGCUGGAUGCCCCCUGAUGAUCACGUGUCAUUGUAUUGGUACACUUACAACAUGCAUUCCCCUCCGAGCUCCUGACUGUCCGGGGACUGAGUGGUUGCAUCGCUCUCCGGUAUUUAUGGGGUGUGUGAAACUGAGCUUUAGCUUAUUUGGUGACUAAUUUGAGUUCAGGAAACUGAUCAGCUGAUCAACCUUUCAUUGUCAGGUUGUCUUUUUGUUGCUUUCGUUAGUUGUUUUUUUUAGUUGAUUGUAGCUGUACAUGUUUUUCAUUGCCAAUCAUUUUUAUACUCAAUUAAAAGUAUAUCCUGAAUGUCACACUGACUGUUCUUCGCCUGGAGAAGUAGCGGUAGAAGAAAUAGGUUCUAAUCUAGGACAACAUAUCUUUCAUAAUCUCUUAUUCAUCCUCAGAGAUAAUUAAACCGUUUUUUUGAUCUGGUCUUAACUGCAGCGGAGUUGUCCAUUAAGGUUUUAAUGGGAGUGUCUGUUCAAAUGGAAAUAUUGUCGUGAAAUGCAAUAAAAUACUGGUUCAAUGAU